AUAUUAAUUCAAUAAAAAUCAAUAAUUACCUUAAAACACGAAACUGAAAGAAAAAGACCACACACUUCCUUCUACUGGAAUCAUCCAUGGCUUCUCUGUUAGCUAACGGUAUUUCUCGCUUUUCUCCACAACCCAUUUCGGAUUCAGCUAAACUACACAAACCCUUUUCGCUUCCUCUUAAACCUGCCUUUAACAAAGCCCCAAAACCGGCUAAUUUUGUCAAGAUCCGAGCUGAUGUCGGGUUUGAUUCCAAGACCCGAAAUACAGAUUCAGGUAAUAAUAUUUCAACUUCAACAACUAGUUCUGAUGAUAAAAUCCGUGAAAUUCUCCGUAAUCGUGAUUACGACAAGAAAUUUGGUUUUACUAUGGAUAUUGAUUCAUAUUCAAUCCCUAAGGGACUUUCUGAGGAAACAAUUAGGUUAAUUUCUUCGCUUAAAGAAGAACCUGAUUGGAUGCUUGAAUUUAGAUUAAAUGCUUUUGAGAAAUUCUUGAAAUUGAAAGAGCCCAAAUGGUCUGAUAAUCGUUACCCAUCAAUUGAUUUUCAAGAUAUCUGUUAUUAUUCAGCUCCUAAAAAGAAACCAACUUUGAAUAGCCUUGAUGAAGCUGACCCUGAACUACUUAUGUAUUUUGAUAGACUUGGUGUUCCUUUGAAUGAAAGGAAUAGAUUGGCUAAUGUUGCUGUUGAUGCUGUUCUGGAUAGUGUUUCAAUAGCUACUACUCAUAGGCAGACUUUAGAGAAAGCUGGUGUUAUUUUUUGUUCUAUAUCCGAGGCCAUCAAGGAGUAUCCUGAUUUGGUGAGGAAGUAUUUGGGGAGAGUUGUGCCUAGUGAGGAUAAUUAUUACGCUGCUCUGAAUUCUGCUGUUUUCAGUGAUGGGUCUUUUUGUUAUAUACCAAAGGAUACAAAGUGUCCCAUGCAGAUUUCUACUUAUUUUAGGAUUAAUGCUAUGGAAACGGGACAGUUUGAGAGGACUUUGAUUGUUGCUGAUGAUAGGAGUUUUGUGGAGUAUUUAGAAGGGUGCACUGCACCAUCUUAUGAUACAAACCAGCUUCAUGCAGCCGUAGUUGAGUUGUACUGUGCUGAAGGUGCUGAGAUUAAGUACUCAACAGUGCAGAACUGGUAUGCUGGUGACGAGGAAGGAAGGGGCGGGAUUUACAAUUUUGUUACAAAGCGAGGACUUUGCUCUGGGGAUAGGUCUAAGAUAUCCUGGACUCAGGUGGAGACAGGUUCUGCAAUUACUUGGAAGUACCCCAGUGUCGUUUUAGAGGGGGAUGAUACUGUCGGAGAGUUCUAUUCUGUUGCUUUGACUAAUAAUUAUCAGCAGGCGGAUACAGGGACAAAGAUGAUACACAAGGGAAAGAAUACAAGGAGUCGAAUUAUUUCAAAGGGUAUAUCAGCUGGAAAUUCUAGAAACUGUUAUAGGGGACUUGUUCAGAUUCAAUCAAAGGCAGAGAAUGCACGCAACUUGUCACAGUGUGAUUCAAUGCUUAUCGGUGAUACUGCAGCUGCCAAUACCUAUCCUUAUAUUCAGGUGAAGAAUCCCACAGCUCGUGUUGAACAUGAAGCCAGCACUUCCAAAAUUGGCGAAGAUCAGCUGUUUUACUUUCAGCAGAGGGGAAUUGACUAUGAAAAGGCCAUGGCUGCCAUGAUUUCUGGGUUCUGUCAGGAUGUAUUCAAUGAGCUUCCUGAUGAAUUUGGUGCUGAGGUGAACCAGCUGAUGAGCCUGAAGCUUGAAGGAUCAGUGGGUUAAGAUGCAAGAGAGACAUAGCUGGAAAUCCUGACCUUUUUUUGAUGAUGAGAAAAGGUUUGUAAGGUUUGAUUUGUAAAUGCACCACGGUAAAGAGUUGUAUACUAGGUAGUUCCGUAUUAACUCAUGAACCAUCUGCAACUAUUUGUCUAGCCAAAAAAAAAAAAGGGACAAAUAAAAUUAGGAAAUCUUAUGUAAAUUUAUAAUAAAUGCAAUAAAUGGUAUUAAUACUGAGAUUUGACAUUA